AUGCCACCAACACUCCAACCACUGCCAUCCUUAGAUGCCCUGAAUGUCGUCGAGCAGAAUGCUGCCGAACGAAUACCAGCAGAAAUCCUCAUCGAUAUUUUCACCUAUAUCCGCCCCGUGUAUAAAUGCUCGCGGCACCGCUGGAUCCGAUCUGAUACGCCAUCCUAUAAAGUCGCACUCGCUCGAUUUGCUCGUCUCCGGCUCGUCAGUCGCUUCUGGAACCAGACCAUUACACCAGUCAUUCAUAGCGAAGCCGUCAUCUCCACCUUACCCAUUGAAGCAUUGCUGAAAAGCCUGAAAUUUCUUGACCACGGAGCCGAGCACAUCAAAUCUUUGAUACUUGUCGACGACACCGUUUUCUAUAACACUGGGAAGCCCGGGAUAUCGAGGGAAGCUAAAGAAUUGCUUGCACAAAGUUUGUCAUCUAAAUGCUCUUCAUCCAACAUACAGACAAUGGAAUGUUAUGGCAUAUCUCAUGCAUUCCUCAAAUGGGCAUGGAUUCCAAAGACCCUGCCGAACUUGCCGUCGACCACGAAGAACCUUGUUCUUCGACGAGUCUCUACACCCACGCUAUCACACGCGUUGAUUAGUCUGGGCCGUUCUAUUCAACGCUUAGAAGUACACUCUUGGUAUAUUCCCCCAGAAUUGAGAUAUGGCCCCUUUCAUCUACCGACUGAGAUGCCAUUGCUCCAGGAUAUCACCCUGGUAAACGGGAGUCCUUCUCCAAUGGAGAUCCAAAAACUCUUCAGUCGGGUUGGAAACACCAGAAAGAGCGCUAGCCGGCACAACUUUCCUCUACGUUCCUUGACAUUGAAAAAUGUUGCGACAAUUGGCGUUGAGGAAACGCUGUCUAUCCUUCGCACAAAUUCCAUCGGCAAAAACAUUGUUUCUCUUUUUCUUGAGCCACCUCUUUUUCUUCAGCCACCUCGCCAAUAUUGGCCAACCGCAUACCCAAUCGCCAUCGUCAAGGAAUGUCCAUCUCUUGUCAAAUUCUCUUACUUAUUUCCAAUCAAGAAAGACCUUUUCGUCCAUCUCCCUCCAACCCUUCGCCAUUUGCAUCUAGCGAUAAUUUUCAACCAACACCGCUUUCCAAUGUCAAGUGGAAGGGAAGACAGUCUCAUCGGUAACGCAGCAGGGUUUGCCGAGGCAGUAGAAGUUCGUCAAUACUCUCUUGAGAAGCUUCAGAUUUCCACAUGCCACGAAUACCGUCAAUACCGCCAGUCUUCGAGUUACAGAGACAGCACAACUUCUGGUCAACAUUCGGCGCUCCAAGAAGCGUGCGAUAGUGCAGGGGUGACUUUGCUAUGGACUGAAUACGAGGAGUAG